CACUCACGGGCCAAUGCGACAUGUCGGCCGCUCCCGACGCGAUGGCUACUUGCUGGGCUCAACAUCGCGAAGACUUCGUCAAGACCUGCUCGUAGCUGCGGCAGUCUAGAUGCCAGCGUUGAAAAAGACCCCGACGAGGCGUCACAGCGAGCAAAUCGCUCUUAUUGCUUUGAAGCCUUCUUGCGUGUCAUGGGCUUGAAUGGGGAGGGAAAACUCAUCAAAUGCGAACGCGUCGCGGACCUCCUGUGGGUAAGCGGAGGUGCCCGCCAUCCCGCCGAAGAGAAGUAUUCUGGCUGUAGGGUUCUGAUCUUCGAAUAUCAUCUCGUCGAACCUUGUCAUUAGAUGCAAAGAAUCGCUAUCUAGACAUCUCCGUUAGAAAUUGGUUAUUCUCUUUACCUUACAAGACAAUACAGCAAUUCAUUCUCUUCAUCACUGCGCUAUCAUCCUUCAAGAAUGCUGUACAUCAACGCGACCGUCGUCACGGUCAAUUCGAACCGUGAUGUAUUUUUGAAUGGUGCCAUUUUCGUCUCUGGCAAUCUGAUCAAAGACGUCGGUAGGACGGCCGACUUGUUGAAGAAGUAUCCAGGGGAGCAGAAGCAUGAUCUCGAUGGUCAUAUCGUGAUACCCGGCCUGAUCUCAACGCAUAUGCAUACAGCUCAGACUCUUCUAAGAGGCGCCGCCGACGACCUCGAACUCGUCUCCUGGCUCUGCGAACGCAUCUGGGUCCUCCAAGGCAACUUCACCCCUGAAGAUGGGUACGCCGCCGCACGCAUCAGCAUCGCCGAGAUGCUCAAAACCGGCACCACCUGCUUCCUCGAGAGCAUGUUCGCCAACCGCUACGGCUUCGACGGCCUCUGCAAAGCCGUCACCGAGUCCGGCAUCCGCGGCUGCCUAGGCAAAAUCGUCAUGGACAUCGGCACCUACGCCAAAGACCCCAAAUGGGCCAUGCACCCGGGCCUCGUCGAAGACCGCGAGAUGUCCCUUCUUGGUGCUCUUAAAAUGCAUGAGACGUGGGACAAAGCCGCCAACGACCGUAUUCGCGUGUGGUUCGGUGCUCGAACCCCCGGCGGCGUGUCGGAGGCACUGUAUAAAGAGAUGACAGCGCUCUCCCGCGAGAGGAAAAUCCCGAUUACCAUGCACUGCGCGGAAGUGAAAGCGGACCGGGAGUUCUUCGCCUCGCUGAGCCCACCGCAGACGCCCAUGUCGUUUUGCGAGAACGUGGGACUGCUGGGCCCGAGUACGGUGCUGGUGCAUAUGGUGCACUUGGAAGACUCAGAUAUUAAGAAGUUGGCGGAAACGAACACGCAUGUGGCGCAUUGUCCGACAUCGAACGCGAAGUUGGCGUCGGGGAUCUGUCGUGUGCCUGAUCUGCUGGAUGCGGGCGUGAAUGUGGGCUUAGGGACGGAUGGGGCGCCUUGCAAUAAUACGAAUGAUUUGAUGCAAGAGAUGAAGUUGGCGGGGAUCAUUCAUAAGGCCAAGUCAUAUGAUCCGACGUUGGUGCCAGCCGAGACUGUUUUGGAGAUGGCGACGAUCAAUGGUGCGAAGGCUCUUGGGCUUGAAGACUCGAUUGGAAGCAUUGAGGUUGGGAAGAAGGCGGAUUUUGUGGCAGUCGACAUGAGGAAGGUUCAUUUACAGCCGUACUACAGCCCUGUCAGCGCGAUUGUGUAUUCGGCGACAGGAGGCGAUGUCAAACUGGUCGUUGUAGAUGGUCAGGUGGUAGUUGAGGAUGGGAAUCUGAAGACAAUGGACGAAGAGGAGAUUUGGCGGGAAGGCGAGAAGCGUGGCCACGAGAUUGCGGCGAGAGCUGGAUUGGCUGAUAAGGUGAAGGGAAGAUGGCCGCUGAUUUCAUGAGCCCCUUUCCGAUAAUUUUGUUCUUUAUUUUCCUCUAUUUCGCCAUUUAAGAUACCCAUCAGCGCAUGGCUACGGAGGCAGUACCCCGACCAAUUCACAUUAUU